AUGGCUUCAACAAGUACUCGCAGCAUAGCCAUCUCUCCACCAUCCUCCCAACCUUUCCAAUGCCAAGUAUGUUCAAGUCGCUUCACCCGCCAUGAGAAUCUGAAGCGUCACGCUGCGCUACAUUCUCGCUCCUCCAGCAAUGCCUCUAUACCCUGCCAUCUCUGCCCUGCCACCUUUUCGCGUCUCGAUCUACGUCACCGGCACAUGAAACGAAAACAUCUGGACCAUAUGCAAAGGGCUCCGCGUGGAGGUAACUCACCGCAGAGCGACCUGCACCGCCAGGCACCGACGCCACCGUCGCAGACAAGUGAGGCCCAUGUUGAGGCCGGUCGGUUAUUUCAACAAGCAUCCGCUGGUGAUGAUACUAUCACCCUUUCCAGCAGCUUGCCCUCGGAUCUGGACGACCCUCAAAUUCUCGCCACGUCAUUCUCAUCGCAAGCAUCCAUGCUGCUUGGUCCGACUGCCUCCCAUUUGGCAGGCGUCAACUUUCUUGAGCCAUCAUGCAAUCUCAACAUGUCGAACUCGCCUUCUGGGAUGAGUCUUCUCAACUUUAGCCUCGACCAAGGAAGUCCCGAGCGGUUAUUGUAUGGGUCAAUUGAUCUCAGCCAGGUCCAGAACGACUGGUUACCAUCAGCCACCCAAAUUACCCAAGGCUGUCAAUUGUAUUUCAAGCAUGUAUCCCACUACCUGCCCUUCCUGCAUCAGCCGACAUUCGAUGCGACCUCCGUCCCUAGUCACUUACUCCUCAGCAUGCUCUGCAUAGCCUAUCAGUAUGGCGUAGAUCCAGAUCGUAGUGAUCAGCAAGGGUCUGGUGUGAGCUUAUCUGAGAGAUGCUACCAUCGCGCUCGAGAUCUCGUGUCUGGCGACGAUAAUGGGCCAGAUGAAUCAACACGUACCCUCUCGCUUAUUCAAUCUCUGAUACUACUCGAGGUAUACGCCAUGAUGUAUCUUUGCGGAAACCACUCGGCGUAUGGACUCAAGACUCACACCAGGAUGAUCUCGCUUGCCCGAUCAAGUGGAUUGUCUAUCCCUCUACCGAGCGAGCUCACGUCAAAAACCCCAUGCCUCAAUUCAUUGUGGCGCACAUUCAUCGAGGCCGAGUCGCACAAGAGGACGCUCUUCGCUGCCCAUCAGAUCGACACGUUAUGGUAUCAGUUUCUCUCUAUACCCCGACAGUUCUCCCACCUCGAGAUCAAGCACGAGCUGCCCUGCCCUCAAGAGCAGUGGGCGGCGCCCUCAGCAGCCGAGUGGGCGCAUAAAAGAUUAGUUGCCGUCGUCCCUGGACCUCCAGUACAGUACCCUGAUGCAGUACGACUCUUCUUGUCAUUAUCGUCGGAUCCCAGCUCCUUUCCCUCGUUCGACCCAUAUGGAGCCAUAAACAUCACACAAUUCCUCGCAUCUAGCGCCCAAGAAACUUCGGGCUGGAGCGCCAUGACAGGGAUGAUCAGCACAGAAAGGCUGGAGCCAUUGCGCAAGUCCCUCGAGGCAUUGGGUCCUGUUGUCCAGUCUGCGGAAGAGUUGGAGCAUUCAAACUGGCUCCGCGGAGCGUUGUGUGAGGCGACAUGGCGGUCUGCCAUGAUCGACGUGCGGAUAUGGUCACCAUCGCAUACGUGUGGAAUGGUAGGUGGGACCAUGGAUGCAGUCUUGCAGCAGACAACAUAUCUGGCGCCAUCAUGCGAGUUCCUCUGCGAGUCCAACACUGCACAAGUCAUCAAACCUCAUAUCGACUGGUUUCUCACAUAUCUCGACUCGCCGCUUGUACCGGACUCGGAGGCACCUUGGAUCAUGCUGUACGCCUUCAAGGCGUUUGUGAUUGCCUGGCAGUUGAUUAAGGGCAGUACGCUAGGAACGAUGCAGGUUGUUGGUGUUGAAGAUGGAGAUACUAAUGGGGCGUUGGAGUGGGCCAGAGGAGUCUUUGGACGAAGGCAACGAUGGCAGCUCGGCAAGAUUAUCAUAACGUGCCUAGACACGUUAUGA